UGCCACUGUCUAUUUAGACUACAAGACAAUAGAUAGGUACACCCACAUGCACUCAAUUUGCAUUGUUUAGUACACCAUAACAAGGGUGAGGCUGCAGUUCACAGAAGAAUUAUAUCAAACUAACCUUAACUUAGUGAUGCAGAAACCAAUAGGUAAAGCAACUGCACAUUUUGUGACAUACCUUUAGCAAGUCUACACAGAAAAGAAUAUUCUUGAAUUCAUUACACAACCAUGGAGAAUCAAACUAUUGCAGAAGAGUUGAAUGAUUCACCAAUUGAACAAGUGAGACUAACGGUCCCAAUCACGGAUGAUCCAACGCUGCCUUGCUUGACAUUCAGGACAUGGUUUCUAGGGAUAAUAUCAUGUAGUGUUCUGGCUUUCUUAAACCAGUUCUUCGGUUAUCGCCAAAAUCCACUAUACAUAUCGUCGGUUUCGGCUCAGAUUGUUGUUCUUCCAUUGGGGAGGCUGAUGGCUGCAACUCUACCCACAGAACCAAUACGUGUUCCUUUAACAAGAUGGACCUUUUCACUUAACCCUGGACCCUUUAACUUGAAGGAGCAUGUUCUCAUCACAAUAUUUGCAAAUUCGGGUUCGAAUUCUGUUUACGCGGUUAGCAUCAUCACCAUAGUCAAGGCGUUUUAUCAUCGUAAACUUAACCCCAUUGCAGCCAUGUUGCUAGCACAAACUACCCAGAUGCUUGGAUAUGGAUGGGCUGGCCUUUUCAGAAAGUUUUUAGUUGAUUCACCAUAUAUGUGGUGGCCUGCCAACCUGGUUCAAGUUUCCCUUUUCAGGGCAUUGCAUGAGGAAGAGAAGAGGCCAAAAAGAGGCCUCUCAAGGCUACAAUUUUUCCUCAUAGUUCUCAUAUCAAGCUUCUCAUACUACAUCAUUCCCAAUUAUCUCUUUCAAUCCAUAACAGCCAUCUCCUUUGUUUGUUGGAUAUGGAAGGACUCGGUGACAGCUCAGCAAAUAGGUUCGGGUCUCCGCGGCCUUGGAGUUGGAGCAAUUGGGCUUGAUUGGGCGACUGUUUCGGCUUUUCUUGGAAGUCCUUUGGCCACCCCUGGAUUCGCCAUUAUGAACAUUUUGGCUGGUUAUAUAAUCGUCGUCUACAUAGUUAUCCCCAUUGCUUAUUGGAAUAAUUGGUAUGAAGCCAAGCGUUUCCCAAUUUACUCUUCUCACGUGUUUGAUGAAUUUGGAGGACGGUACAACGUUUCAAGAGUCUUAGACUCUGCAACCUUCUCAUUCGACAAACAAGGCUAUAAUGAUUAUAGCAAAAUCAAUCUUAGCAUAUUUUUUUCAUUGGCCUAUGGUCUAAGUUUCGCCACAUUGGCCGCAACACUCUCUCAUGUGGCACUCUUCCAUGGCAGAACCAUUUGGGAGCAAACAAGAGCAUCAUUUGGAGACAAGUUUGUAGAUGUACAUACUAGGAUUAUGAAAAAAAACUAUGAUCCGGUCCCACAAUGGUGGUUCUAUUCGCUUCUGAUAUUGAUAAUAGGACUUGCUUUGCUAACAUGUGAGGGGUUUGGCAGACAGUUACAGCUCCCUUACUGGGGAGUCCUUUUAGGAAUCGGUUUGGCUCUGCUCUUCACACUGCCUAUAGGUGUUAUCACCGCUACAACAAACCAGCAACCAGGACUAAAUGUGAUUACUGAGCUGAUUAUUGGUUAUAUGUACCCUGGGAAGCCGCUUGCGAAUGUAGCUUUCAAAACAUAUGGUUACAUAAGCAUGUCACAAGCUAUCAUGUUUCUACAAGAUUUUAAGCUAGGCCAUUAUAUGAAAAUCCCACCAAAGUCCAUGUUCAUUGUGCAGUUGGUUGGGACGAUCGUCGCAUCAUCAGUCUACUUUGCAACAUCCUGGUGGCUUCUGACAACAGUGAAAUACAUCUGUGACCCGAGUAAGUUGCCUGAAGGAAGUCCAUGGACGUGCCCUGGUGACGAUGUUUUCUACAACGCUUCAAUCAUAUGGGGAGUGGUGGGGCCUCAAAGAAUGUUUGGAAAUCUGGGGCUAUACUCCAAAAUGAACUACUUUUUUCUUAUGGGAAUUCUUGCUCCGUUACCAGUUUGGUUUCUUUCUCGUCGGUUUCCUGAGAGAAAAUGGAUUAGGCUCAUAAACAUGCCAAUUCUUAUAUCGGGUCCAGGGGGGAUGCCGCCUACUAGAGCUGUUAACUACAAUAUGUGGUUUGCAGUAGGAAUUUUCUUCAACUUUGUGGUGUAUAGGAAGUUUAAGGGAUGGUGGGCAAGGCAUAACUAUAUCCUAUCAGCAGGGCUUGAUGCAGGAGUUGCAUUCAUGGCUAUCCUUUGCUAUUUUUUCCUACAAAUUAAGGAUAUUAACGGACCGCAAUGGUGGGGUUUGGAUGCGGAUGAUCAUUGUCCCCUUGCAGGCUGUCCGACUGCUCCUGGUGUUAAGGUUGAUGGAUGUCCCGUAGUCAAUUGACACAUUCUCUUAUUUACACUGAUAAAAUUAAGAAGACAAGGUAUACAUACAGAUUUAAUAACUGCAAGCUAUGUUAAACAUGUAAUUUUGUCUUUUAUGUGGAUAUAUAUAACCAAAAUUUAAAUGGAAUUUUAGCACUUUCAACAA